CUCAAGCGUAUCUUCGACGAGUUCGACCGCGACCGCGACGGCCGAGUCUCGCAGAGCGAGCUCGCGUCCGCCCUGAAGCGGUUCAGAGACCAGACGAGGCCGCGAGGCCAAUCGUACAAGUCGCCGGCAGAGCAGUCGGCCGAGGGCAUCGCUCUGUUGGCCUUUCAAGUGAUGGACUCGGACCAGGACGGUGCGGUCUCUUUUGACGAGCUGCUGCGGUUGUGCUUGCCCGAGGCCAGCGAGCAGGACAUCUCUGCCCUCUUCGGCAUGUAUGACACGGACAGGUCCAACUCCAUUUGCGUUGCCGAGCUCGAGGCAGCGGGCGCAUGCGGCCUCGAUCAGAGGGAGCUGCAGAACCUCGUGGAGGAGCACGACGUGGACGGCGACGGUGAGCUGAACCUAUGCGAGUUUCAUGACUUGAUGGUCUCGACGGGCGUUUUCCAGGCA